AUGCACCUUUAUACUUCCCUCGUCCUCUCGGCCACUAUACAUCUUGCUACGGCCGGUUCGUGCCCUGCUUCGGGACCUCCGACAUAUCCGAAAGCAACUACACAGAACACCGCCUUCAUUCCAUUCGUCAAGACUUUCCCUCUUAUGAACAACACUCCGUCUUUCGAGUUUUCGAUUGCAACAAAAUGGUCUUCAACGAAACACGUCGCCGCUGCUGGUAUGGACACCGGCUCCACCGGUGUCAUGAUCGGCGGCGGUCUACUUGGGUUCUCGGACAGCACACAGUUUGACAAGAGCCGUCCAGGCAACGAGUACCUUUCCUCCAGCGGCCGCUUAUGGCAAGGCUACUGGAUCGAUGCCAACCUAACCUUCUACACGGAGGCAGAUGAGCGGGCAAAUCGUCAAGAGAUCAUCGCAACCGUCCCGAUCAUGGUUGUCACUGAAGCCAGCAUCUGCCGUGCCUGGAAGACCCAAGGCUCUUGCACAGAGGCACAGAAGUCAAACGUUACCAUGUGGCCAAACGACAUCCACUACAUUGGUGUUGGCUUCGGUAGAGGCAGUUCUGAGCAGCCAGAUGCCUUGCCUGACAAGGUGCCUCUCAUCCACAUCGCGCAAAUCGGCGUGGACAAGGUGAAAGAUAUUCACCAGGGCUACAUAAUUACCAAAGACGGCGUCAAAGUUGGACUCACAACUGACAAUGCCGAGGGGUUCUGCAAGACAAAGCUCGAGCUGCGGGCUGGGUCCAACGAUACUGACUGGCAAAUGGUGAAGAUGGCGAUCAAGAUCAACGACUCGCCCUGGAACUAUGGCCAUGCGCUAUUCGAUACAGGCAUUCCCCAAGCCUAUGUGGCGGUGUACAAAAACGUCAGUUCGCGCGCAAAUACCACCACGUCCGAAUACAUCAAAACGCACCCUCAGGUCUUGGCGAGGGGAAGCAAGGUUGUUGUGUCGGUGCCUGACGACAAGAAUCCGAUCGCCACUUACACUGUCAUUGCUCAAGGUGCUGGCAAGCCCGACCCCGCCACCAUGCAGCCAUCGGGGUUUGUCAUGGAGGCCGAGCCGAGCAAAGAAAAGGGUCCGUACAUCAACACAGGCAGGAUGUUCUACAACGAUUUUGAAGCAUUGUUUGACUCGGAGUGCGGCUGGUUUGGACUGUCUGAUAUCUCAGGCGGCACCGGGAAGAGGGCGAUUUGUCCUUAA